AUGCUCCGCCCCCGCCACGGCAUUCCCUUUAUUCAAGCGCUCGCUUUCUUCAAUUUGGCCACGUUACCAUCGGAAUUGUUUGAAAUUUCACCUUUAUUGGUGGAAGCCUACAACAAAAUGAACCGACCAUUCUGGAAAGUGAUUGGUAUACUGUGUAAGAAAAGAAGAGCGGUGGAAGCGCAAGCCUUUUUUGAUAAAGCCCAGGAUGUGAAUGCUUCAGGAGUUAAAUUAAUUCUGAUUUCAGUUUACUGCAAAAUGGGCCAUUGUUACAACGCAUACAAGAAUCUCAAAGAGAUGGUUGAGGAAAAGAGAUCGAGACUGGGUGUGCCAGCCUGUAAAAUGGUUUUGGAGCAGUUAAGGAAAGCAGGGCUGAUGAAGAAGCUCGAGGAAUUGGUAGAAAACAUGUUGGGCUAG